UGAGCACACACAGUGUCAAAAUGGAAUUGAUAGUGUGGGUUUGUCGAGCAGAUUUUUCAGGACUUUUCAUGGUCAGGAGACGCAAGACUUCAGGAGCAUUCCGCUCAGUUGAGUCGGAAAUUUCACACUUCUCAUUAGGCCAGCUUUGAGUGCUAUACACAGAAAUAUAUUUUCUAAAUAAAUCGGAGAAUGUAUACAGUACAUACAAGAAUAUUUAUAAAUAAAUGCCAAACCUAAGCAGAUGGACAAUGGCUUUGUCAUAAAGAAUACAUAUCACCAAAGUCUUUCCACUGGAAAAAAACAGUCUUCAUCCAUGGACUCCAGAGUGGAAAAGGGUAUGGACUUGGAGACACAUGUUUACAUGAAUUUCAUGAAGAACCACUGUUGCUACGAUGCCAUUCCAACCAGCUCGAAGCUUGUUAUUUUUGACACAACCCUGCAGGUGAAGAAAGCCUUUUUUGCUUUGGUUGCCAAUGGACUUAGAGCUGCUCCUUUGUGGGACAGUAAGCGGCAGUGUUUUGUAGGCAUGCUGACAAUCACGGACUUCAUCAACAUUCUCCACAGAUACUACAAAUCUCCCAUGGUACAAAUAUAUGAGCUGGAGGAGCACAAGAUUGAGACAUGGAGAGAGGUUUACCUGCAUUACUCGCUGUCCUCUCUUGUCAGUAUUACCCCAAGCUGCAGCUUGUUUGAUGCCGUCUAUUCGUUAAUUAAAAAUAAGAUUCAUCGGCUACCUGUUAUUGAUCCUGAUUCUGGAAAUGUCCUCUAUAUUCUUACACACAAGCGCAUCUUGAAGUUUCUGCACAUUUUUGGUUCACUGAUUCCAAAACCGCGGUUUCUUCAGAAGACAAUAAAUGAUCUUGGGAUUGGGACCUUUCAAAAUGUGGCCACUGUACAGGAGAAUGCCACUGUGUAUGAAGCGCUGUCUAUUUUCGUGGAAAGGCGGGUAUCUGCUCUACCAGUUGUCAAUGAAGAAGGUAGAGUCGUGGGCUUGUAUUCCAGGUUUGAUGUCAUUAACCUGGCUGCACAAAAAUCUUACAACAACCUUGACAUCCCAGUAAAGGAGGCUUUGCAAAGACGGCCACAUUUCAUGGAAGGAGUACUGAAGUGCUACCCACAUGAGACCAUGGAAGUCAUUAUUGACCGUAUCGCAGAAGCUGAGGUCCAUCGCUUGGUUCUCCUGGAUGAGUCGGGUUUUGUGAAGGGCAUCAUUUCCCUGUCAGACCUGCUCCAGGCUCUGGUGUUGACUCCUGCAGAAACGGCAUCCAUUGCAGAUGGGAUAGACAAAGGAGGAAGUUAACAGAAAAUCAACCUACAUUGAACUUUGAAGAUUUUCCUGUGACAAACCUUGUGAAGGGAAUGUUAGAGAGUGAGUGAUAUCAAUAAAGGAUGUUCAACUUGA